GCUUCUGAGGCAGGCAGGCAGACAGCGGUGUCUCGAGCCGAGCCUCAAGCGAGCGCAGUGUGGCAUUGCAUAGCGAGUGGAGGCGCCUGCUUGCUUCUUUAAGUAUAUUCGUAUGAACAACACAACUACGGCUCACCUCUUCUUUUAAAGAUGUGGACAGAAGUCGGGAAGCUAAUGCUCUUACAUGUGUUACUAAUGGAGCUCCACUCCACCCAAGGAACUCAUACUGAUACGGUUUGCGAAACGGGUCAGUUUCAAUGCAAGAACGGAAGGUGCAUACCUACUCUCUGGAGAUGUGACGAGGACGAUGACUGCUCUGACAACAGCGAUGAAGAAAACUGCCCAAAGAAGACGUGUGCCACCACAGACUUUGCGUGUGAGAACGGCCAGUGUGUUCCCCAGCGGUGGCGCUGUGACGGGGAGCCGGAGUGUGCCGACGGAUCAGACGAGGCCGACGCUACGUGCAGUCGACAGAUGUGCCCACCUGAGAAGUUUGACUGCGGGGAUUCGGCCAGCAAGUGCGUCUCAUCGUCAUGGCGAUGUGACGGGGAGAGGGACUGUGAGAACGGGGCAGACGAAGACCAGUGUUCCGCAGACACCAAGGCCUGCCCCGCCAAGGACUUCCAGUGCCGUAACAGGAAAUGCGUAGCGCCCAUCUUUGUGUGCGACGGCGACGACGACUGCGGGGAUGGGAGUGACGAGGGGAAGUGUUCCACCCCCACGUGCGGCCCCCACGAGUUCCGCUGUAACGACUCGGAGUGCAUCCCGAACAUGUGGAGCUGCGACGGGGACCCGGACUGCGGGGAUAAGUCUGACGAGUCUAUGGAGCGCUGUAGUCGCCGGACGGAGCCCCAGAAGCCCCGGUGUCCCGAGGGGGAGUUCCAGUGUGGCAGUGGAGAGUGUGUCCACCUCAACUGGAAAUGUGACGGAGACGCAGACUGCAAGGACAAGUCUGAUGAGGCUGACUGCGCUCUGCUGACCUGCCGUCCAGAUGAGUUCCAGUGUGGUGAUGGAUCCUGUAUUCAUGGCACCAAACAGUGUAACGGGGUCCAUGACUGUCCUGACUUCAGCGAUGAGGCUGGCUGUAUCAACGCCACUAAGUGUGAUGGCCCCAGGAAGUUUAUGUGCAAGAAUGGAGAGUGUAUCGACAGCAGCAAGGUGUGUGAUGCCAUCAAAGACUGCAAGGACUGGUCAGACGAACCUAUGAAGGAGUGCGGUGUGAACGAGUGCACAGACAACAAUGGAGGCUGCUCUCACAUCUGCAGAGACCGGAGGAUCGGCUAUGAGUGUGACUGUCCCGCUGGAUACAAACUAAUGGACAAGAAGACCUGUGGAGACAUAGACGAGUGUGAGAACCCUGACGCCUGCGGCCAGAUCUGCGUCAACUACAAAGGAGACUACAAGUGUGAAUGUUACGAGGGCUAUGAGAUGGACCCCAGCACCAAAUCCUGCAAGGCCGUGGGGAAGAGCCCGUACCUGAUGUUCACCAACCGCCACGAGAUCCGUCGUAUUGACCUAGUGAAGAAAGACUACACCCAGGUGGUCCCCACGCUGAAGAACGCUGUAGCCCUGGAUGUGGACGUCACCACCAACAAGAUGUACUGGUGUGACCUCUACCACCGCAAGAUCUACAGUGCAUACAUCAACAAGGCCAGUGAUUUGUCGGAGCAGGUGACUCUGAUCGAGACAGCUCUAACCUCUCCAGAGGGCCUGGCAGUAGACUGGGUUCACAAGAACAUCUACUGGACCGACUCCGGAGACAAGACCAUCUCUGUCGCCACGGGAGACGGCAAGAAGAGGAGGAUCCUGAUUGCCACGGAGCUGAGUGAACCGCGUGCUAUCGCUGUGGACCCCCGACAAGGGUUUAUGUACUGGUCCGACUGGGGGACCCAGGCUAAGAUAGAGAAGGCUGGCAUGAACGGAGUGGACCGCCAGGUACUCGUGUCCGAGAGGAUUGAAUGGCCCAACGGCAUCACUCUGGACCUAUCUAACAGGCGUCUCUACUGGGUGGACUCUAAGCUGCACCUGCUCUCCAGCAUUGACCUAAACGGUGACAACCGCAAAGUGCUGCUGAGCUCCCAGAACCACCUGGGGCACCCCUUCGCUCUCACCGUCUUCGAGGACCGUGUGUACUGGACAGACCUGGAGGAUGAGGCGAUCUACAGUGCCAACAGGCUAACAGGCCGCGACGUGGCUACGCUAGCCGAACACCUCAACAACCCUCUGGACGUAGUGGUGUUCCACGAACUACGGCAACCCAGAGCUCCAGACAGCUGUAACGUGGGCAGUCUACCUAACGGGGGCUGUGAGUACCUGUGUCUCAAAGCCCCACAGAUCACAGACCACUCCCCCAAGUACACCUGUGCCUGCCCCGAUGACAUGGAGCUCGGGCCCGACAUGAGACGCUGUGUCACAGUCAAACCCAAGACAACCACAGCAGCUCCUACCACAACCACCACUACUUCCACCCCGGCUCCGGCUACAACCACUACUACAACCACAGCUACAUCUACAACCACGACUCCAACCAGUACAACCACAGCUGCUCCCACAACCACCUCCACAACUGCGCGGCCACAUACGGCCAAAGCCACACGUCAGCCCAGCACCACGCGGUCGACCACAGCUUCGACAACGUCCCCCCCUCCUCCUCCCCCCAGGAACACAGCUUCAUGGAGGACACCCCCCUCCACCUCCUCAUCCACCACCGCGUUGCCUGCGACCUCCACCCCUGGUCCCCGCUCCACCUCCGCGCGCAGCCCCCCUCUACCCCCGAACAACAUUCAGAGAGAGAACGCUAACCUCUCCCACCGCUCUGGGAAUGAACACUACCUUCUGGGUAACAACAUAACAGUGGCAAUCCUGGGUAUAGUGAUCCCUGUAGUUCCUAUCCUUGCCACAGUGGUCAUCGGCCUGCUCUGCACCGCCGGCUUCCUGGUCUGGCGUAACUGGCGCCGGAAGAACACGAAGAGUAUGAACUUCGACAACCCCGUCUACCGUAAGACCACGGAGGAUGACGAUGACGAGAUUCACAUCGGCCGUACGGGAGAGUCCAUCGGUCACGUCUACCCUGCUGUGAGUGGCAGCGCCCACCAGCCAUUCAUAGCCCUGCCCCUGGGGGGCGGGAUCACAGACAGCAACUCCCAUUGGUACUCUGGGGCACCCGUGCACCCUGCCGGCAAAUGAGUUGCGAGUGGGUGGGACUUGGAAGCAGAGAGAGAGGGUUUGGGUGUGUGGGUCCGCGGAAGUCUCCUUAGGUCUGUGGAAGAAAGGGAGAGGCUUACAUCCUCACACACACAUACACACACACUUAAGUCACAAAAUCAUUCCAAACCCACCCUUAGUCAAAAACACUCACAUUGACAUUGAGCCCUUCAUCACCAGUCUACCACUACAUUAUCACUCUCUCCAUUCACCACUUUUGACAGUAUGUGUUACUGUGCUAUCGUUGUGCGUUAGGGAAGCACAGCGCUCGGUGUUUUGAGCUUUAUCUUCUCACCUCGGAAGACUUGGGCUUGUAUCCCAAAUGACACCCCAUUCCCUAUAUAGUGCACUGCAUUUGAUCAGAGCCCUAUGGGCCUAUAUAGGGAAUAGGGUGCCAUUUGAGAUUCAGACUUAGUGAAGGGAGAAUCCCUGGUUUUGUUCCUUUGGAGUGUAAAUUAGGCACAAGGGGAACGAAAACCAGAACAGAAAUUGCACCUUAGAUGAUGGGACAAUCUUUAAUCAUAUUAAUUUAUUCCAGAUUAUUCCGGUUUUAUAUGUAUUUCUCUAUGUAAAUAAGUGUUUUGUUUUUCUAGCAGUGUAUUUGUAAGGUAUCUUAGAUACAGACGAGCAGGUAAACAUGAACCAGAGCAGACAAAGACAAAGAGGUGGGAUGGGUUAGCGCUAGGAUCAGUUGGCAUGGCGACACGUGUGGCUGUGGUGGCGCCGUGUGGUAGGGACAGCGGGAGAUGGGCGUAGGUGACAGGUUAUACACACACACACACACACACACACAUACACACACAGUUGGUAUGCUACAGUGUUGUGCUAAGAGGCCGUGCUGAAAACCUGCUCCCCUUCAGAGUGCGUGGUGGGGAACAAGCUUCCUCCUGUGCUUUUGCUCUUCUCCUCCCCCUCCUCUUCUUCUCCUCUUCUCCUCCUCUUCUCCUCUCUUCUCCUCCUCUUCUCCUCUUCUCCUCCUCUUCUCCUCUUCUCCUCUCCUCUUCUGCUCCUCCUCUUCUCCUCCUCUUCUCCUCUUCUCAUCCGCUUCUCCUCUUCUCCUGUCUUUUACUGUACUGUGUGUUAGCUGAAUGGUGUGUCAGUCAAAUAGAGACGUCAGAGUGUCCUGAGGUGGAUCAGGCGUCCUUCUCUGUAAGCGCAUGCAGCUCUCCUCACAUCGCGGCCAAAUCAGUGUGCCGGGGAUCGAGGGAUGAGGAGGAAGAGGAGUGUGGGAUCUGCAAGGAGAGCUUCUCUUCUCUCUUCUGCUCUGUCGCUCCUCAGAUUUCUUCAGAUUUCUCUGAUUUUUUUCAACAACAAAACAAAUUCCACUGCCUUUUCUUCUAUUUAGCCUUCUGGCCUCUCACUCCUCUCUCUGUCUCUCUCUCUCUCCCUUUUUAGCUUACCUUUUCACACUCGCACACCCAGACACACACCCAGACGCACAGUGUGGUAACAUUGUUUUAUCUGCUCUCUGCAGCGCGUGGCGCUCAGUCUGGAGGAUGACGGAUUCCCCUGAGGGGCACGCCAUGUCCCCGUCCACGUCCUCCCCCCUCCGUAUCCCGGGGCGACCACACUGCAGAGGAGAGGGGCACAGAGAGAGAGAGAAAGAGAGUCUGCUCGUACCGUACACCCCCCAUGGACAGGGGGGGGUUAUCUUUUACUUAUACGUGUACCCCUCAACCCGUGUCACUAAAACACGUCCCCCUCUCUCUCUUACUCCUAACUAAAAACAUACUACUACAUUACUACUACUACCACUACUACUAGCUACUACUGUGCUGUCCUCUGCCCUUCUCUCAGCCCCCAUUAGUUAGUAAGUUACUGUAGUUACCAGUAGUGGUGAAUGCUGCUGUGUGUCUUAAUGAUGAUUAACAUCAUUGCCCCGUCAGAGCACAUGUAAAUAGAUGCUGGCUGGACCUCCCUGAGCACCUUGCUGUAGUCUACUUUGCCAGGAACAGAGGAAAGGCCAGCUGUGUUUUAAUUAUUAUUUUGUGUUUGAAUUUUAUUUAUUGUUUGUGUUUUGCUGGUGUAAAUAUGAUAAGCCGGACCAGGCCUGUGCCACUGAGGAUAGGCUACGCGUGGGCAGAGCCAAGUUGGAUGGUGGUGAGGGGGGUAAGAGAGCGGGUUUGUAGGGAGGGGCUGUUGUGCCAGAGGGCAGCGCCACAAGAAGAAGCAGCAGGGCAGAACUCGGGGGAUGGAGGAUUAUGGGUAAUCCGCUCUGCUGGCAUCAGAGAUACACAGAAGUAACUAGAUAAUAAACAGGUGUACAGGGGACGGGGUGGAAUGGGGGAUGGGGGCGGGAGACGAGAGAGGAGGGGGGUCUUUUUUGAAACUAGGAACUGUACAAGCCCUGCUGUUGUUGGACUCUGUCUGGGAGUAGGUAAGACUUUGGAAGAAUUGUUUUGAGUGACUCAAUAGAAGAGGAGCCAUUGUUCCAACGUCAAGCACUGGAUUUAAAUAUAAGGGAAAAUGGCCACAUAAUAAUGCUACAAUUCUGAAUAUGAGGGACCAAUGGAGAGGCAGAACAUGGCUGUCUGAGUUCUCCUGUGUUAGUCAUUGCACUGUUGAUGAGAAAAAUGAGAACCUGCUGAUUGAAGGUACUGAAUUCAACUACUCCCAUCUGUUUUCUGCAAGAAAGCACAUAGGCUUGAGCCGGUACACGUUCUAGUACAUGCACACACGGACACAGAGAAAACACAUUUCAGGCAACCCGAUUGUGUCAUUUCCCCCCCGCACUAAUUGGGCUUUUGACCAAUCAGAUCACCUCUGAAAAAGAUCUGAUAUGAUUGGUCAAAAGAAAGAUUUGUGGGGGAAUCUGAAUGGGGCUACAUGUCUAAACGCAGCCAAAGAAGCACACACAUACAAACAUCAUUUGGCAGGCUGCAUUUGUAGCGCUCACAGCACAGCUCACUGGUUGAUUGGUUGAUUAAUGAUAGCUAUACAUCAUGGCUCUCUUUCUUCCAGUAGAAACGUCUGCUUCCAGGGUCCCCUGGGGGGGGGG